UUAGGGGCGCUGCUGGAGUCGUGACAGGCCGCAGCAGCACCGGUAUGUGUGUUUGUGUACGUAUGACAGCGAAAGAUUUCUGAGGAUGCAAGAGAGGUAGCCUUGUCUGACGGGAUGGCAGGAAUUAUUAAAAAGCAGAUCUUGAAGCAUUUGUCCAGGUUUGCUAAGAACCUCUCCCCAGAUAAGAUAAACCUGAGCACGCUGAAAGGAGAGGGCCAGCUGUCCAACCUGGAGCUGGAUGAGGAAGUCCUUCAGAACAUGCUGGAUCUGCCCACCUGGCUGGCCGUCACACGCGUCUACUGCAAUAAAGCUGCUAUACGGAUACAGUGGACAAAGUUGAAGACCAGCCCAAUAUGUUUGUUCCUGGACAAAGUAGAAGUUGAAAUGAUGACCUGUGAGGAACCCCGUCCCCCUAAUGGCCCUUCCCCUAUUGCUAUUACUGCAGGUCAAAGUGAGUAUGGCUUCGCCGAGAAGGUCGUAGAGGGAAUGUCUGUAAUCAUCAACUCCAUUAUUAUUAAAGUGCAAGCCCGAGCCUUCCAUGCCUCCUUUGAGCUCUGGCAGCUCCAGGGCUGCAGUCUGAAUCCCAAGUGGCAGAAGACUGACCUACGUAACACCCGCAUCACACAUCCCAAAAGAGGAGAGGUCUUAACAUUCAAAGAGAUCAACUGGCAGAGUCUGCGCAUUGAGGCAGACGCUAUAGAGAGUGAGGACCAGGAUCUGGGCAGCAUGCCACUACGUCUCAUUACCAAUCAAGGCCGAAUACGGAUUGCUCUUAAACGCAGGGUGAAGGACUGUAAUGUAUUGGCCUCCAAGCUGAUGUUUAUAUUGGAUGACCUGUUGUGGGUUCUGACAGACUCCCAGCUUAAAGCCAUCAUACAUUACGCCAAGUCUUUGAGUGAAGCCAUGGAGAAAUCUGCCCAGCAGAGGAAGAGCAUGGCUGCAGAGACACUACAGACUGCCCCUCCCUCUCCUGGAGUUCACUCUCUGUUGACUGAAGCUCCUCCCUCCCCUGCCGCCGGCACCCCCAGCACACCGGCCCAGUAUUUUGACCUCCAUGAUGUCAAAGAAUCGUCAUACCACACCUUCAUUUCCCGUCUUGAUCUGCAUAUCUGCAAUGACAGCUCUUCAGAUCCUGAAGAAACUCCGCCUCCAGGCACCCAGGGUGCAAUGCAACUGACCUUCCGGAAGUUAGGCUUUGAUUACUACCCUUUCCACAGACCAGGUGAUGACUGUCGGCACUGGGAGCGUCACUGUGGGGCGAUGGAGUCUCGUGCGCAAUGGGUGGCCAAACUGUUGCAGGAGUUUCAGAGGAGAGUGGAGGAUUUUGGCAUCCCUGGACCAUUUUCAGAAACACCUUUAUCUGCUAAAGAUUCUUCAGCCAAAAAAGUCAACAAAGAUGUGGAACCCUUGUCAAAUUUUAGCCCUGAACGAGUUCAGACCUCACGGCGGGGUUCAGCAGCUGUAUCCCCUCUGAAGAGACUCCGCUCCAGCUGUAUGGUGCUCCGUGUGGAUGACAUGGACAUCCAUCAGGUGUCAACUGGGGGGCGUCACAGCAAGAGAACGCAGUCUCUUCUAUCUUGUAACCGCAAGUCUUUGCAUCUGCCAGAUAACUCGCCUGCUAUUCACCUGCAGUUCACAGAAUACUAUUUUCCUGAUAACCCUGGACUUCCUGCACCUUGCUCUAACCUGUAUGCCCAGCUGAAUGGUCUACAACUGUAUUUGGAUGCUUCAAGUGUACUUUGGAUGACUCUGUUCUCACGAGGUCUACACAGGACAUUGGAUCAGGUCAAAGCCUUUUACCAUCUCCAGGACAGCAGCAAAAGUGAUGAACACAUCGAUAUUCGCCUAGAUGCAACACAGCUUAAGCUGAUUAUUCCUCUGGAGUCUUCCAUUUUGGAUCACCCAGACCGCCCUCAAUCACUGAGCAUCAGUCUGCCUCACAUCGUCCUAAGCAACACACGUCACUGUCCUCACGGUUCCCGCUCUGACCUCAACAGCACCUACAGUUGCUUUUCUAGAUCUCCCUUCUUUCAGUCCACUGUGUGCCAACCUUUCCCCCGUGAUCAGAGCAUCCUACAUCCCCUUCCAUUGGCAUUCAUUCAACACUCUUUGGAAAACGACCACCUAUCCCUAAUUGACAGUCGUCCCUCUCGCUCGCAGGACAUCUGGUCAAUCAGUCUGUCCAGAGUGGCUCUGGGAUUUGAAGGGGCUCGUCGAGGGCUCAAGGGCAAAGCUCUCCCCUUUGUGGAGCCCUUUGCCAUGUCUUUAUGGAUGUGCCGCCCUGCUGCCUUCAGCAAAGACCUAAAUUUCUCCACAAAUUCUAUUAAAGACCCUCUCCCAGUCUCAUCAACAGGUACUAGGGAAAAACUAUCUGAUCAAGUUGUCCAGAGUGAAGAACUAGUUAGGCCUCCUAUGGCCUCCAUCCAUAUUUUGGCCCAGUCUAUCACUCCUGUCAAAAUGUGGCUCAACCACUACCAGUUUGUAGCACUUUUAAGGAUGAAAGACUACCUCUCCCAACUGGCCCGAGACUUGAGCAAGGAUGUCCAGGGUUUGGGCCAUUUGAAAUGUUCACAUGCAGACUCUCCUGCAGUAUGUGUCUCGUUCUUGAUGGAGGCCAUGGAACUUGCUCUGCUGCUUCCUCCUGCAGUAUGUGAGCCAGAAGAGGAAGUCCUGUCUCCAGAGGAAACGGAUACUCCCAGUCUGACAGACUCCGAUCUCUCAUUGCACCACCCUGGUGAGCCUGGCCUGCUGGAGGACAGUGGGCUGGGUCGAAGCGGGGCAGCGAUGGUUCAGGAGGAGGAUGAAGAGCAAGAGGGUUCGGUGGAGGAGGCUUGUGAGGCCAUUGAAGAGGGAAUGGAUGGAAAGACGUUGCAGGGUGACGAAGCUCAGCUCUCUGCCCAGUCUUCCCCACUUUCUCCAAGGGACCCUGCAUUACUCUCUCGGCAACCUUCUACUUUCAGCCUGGAAGGGGAGCUGUCCAGCGCCCUAAAUGCCACCAAAGGUGUUACCAAAGAUGCGCUCAAUGCCUCCCUGGAUCUCACCAAGGGGGCGCUGUCCAUCACAAAAGACGCCUUUAGCAUCCUUAGCCGAGGAUCUGCAAUGUCUAAGCUCUUCACUCCUCAAAACAGAGAGCAAAGCUUGCGGCCAGAAGAAUCUAGCCCGACCUUCAUGGGCAAUCUGCGGCUACAGUCCAUAAAACAUUCACCAUCCCAGAAUUCCUAUGACAGUGCCAUUCUAGAAGGGAGCCUGGCAGACGAUGGCUUAUCCAUUGACAGUGACAUCAGUGAAAACUUUGUCAUCCUCAUGGACUCCGAGUCAGGUGUGGAGUCUUUGCGUCCGAACGGUAUGGCUGUCAACUCUGGCAGCUGUGUUAGUCCUGCACCUGGAACAGAAGGUGGGUCAUCAGCAGACCUUAGCAGUUCACUCUCCCAGAGCACAGAAGACAUCGUCCAAGAUACAUAUUCUGUGUUAGUUCUGUGUCUGAGCCGAAUGGGUUGCCUGGCAGAGAAGCGUGGAGAAGACACCGUAGUGGCACUGGAAGCCAGAGAACUUGUGCCUAAACAACUUGGCAACCAUAAAGUCACAGAGCUACUGGCAGGACAGACGCUAAUGCAGGCUGGUUCUACCUCUCCAAGCGCUCCGCUGUCUCCGGGCCCCCGAGCUCUUUCCUGCCCCCCAGCGGCGGCUCUCAGAUUGGAAAUGGGGCCUUGCGCGAGCAGACAUUCCCCUCUAUCAGAGAGCGUGGGGUUUAUAGAGAUGUGUUUGACGGGAUGCCGAGCAGAGCUCUUGGCUUCUACAUUAAACACGUUGGGUCCCUUCCUGGAGGAUGAGCUUAAGGCAGACAUACAGCCAAUGAGAUUAUGGCUGCAAGAAACUGCUAUUACACUAAAGGAUGAUGGUCCUCGUGUUUACCCGACUGCUCCUCAGUCAGUUCCCGUACUCUUCUCUCUGGAUGGAAUUGUGUUGGAGCGUUUAGAUGAUGGAAUUCUCAGAUUACGACCUGCUGCUCGGAGCCAGUCAGGGAUGGCUGACCAAUCCUGUUCUAAAGUUCAUGAGAAAAACAAGUCUCUGGAGUCCAAACUCGCUGAUGUCCAGUCUGCUCUCCAGAACGCUCUCUCUGACCGAGAGCGCCUGCUACAGGAAAUCAGGAAACACAACCCCUCUUUCACCUUAUGAUGAAGAAAUAACCAGACCUCAAUCCAAGCAAGGCACCAGAUGUUUUCUAGAUGAACCAUAAGAGGUUUCUUUACCUUCAUUGGCUCAAAAUUCUCCUCCGUCCCUUUCUGUAAUUUCAAUAAUGUCUGAGUGUAAGAUCAGAUAUCAUCUCUAGUUUAUCUGUGACUAUUCUUUACGAGUCUUCCUGUACAGUGACAUUUCUCUGUUUGUGACUGAACUACAUCCGUGCUAAGAUUGAUUACAGAGACUCUUUCACUGCCAAAAACCUCUCCCUCCUUCACUAUUUCCCCACCUUUGUUCAGCAUAGUUCUCGCACAUGAUUGUUUGUUGCUAGUUUCACCACAGGGCCGUAUAACGUUAAUAGGUACUACAGAUGUGUCCUAGAAACUGUGUGGUACCACGGCUGAACUGAUAGAUAAUAUUUUUUUAUAUGUGAGCCGCCUACCUCGACAGCAUUUCAAUACGUCAUACGCGUGCAGAUGUCAUGAAAAUUGACGUCAUGAACACAUUGACAGUAAAAUUAUUAUUUUCGUGAUACCUCAGUCUAAAAUUUGAAAGAGUUCAACAUUUUUUCUUUUAUUUACCUUAAUGCCAUCGUAUAUGACUUUCUUUAUUCAGCCGAACACAUUUACAGUAACAUUUAUUAAAUAAUAUCUUGGCUCUUCCUGGCUUUGUAAUGGCAUUGAACAGCACAACAAUACGUUUGUGAAAGGAAAUGCUAAAUGCUAAAGUCAUCACCGGCGGCCAUCUUGUCACAGGCAAGCUUAUCUCGCUUAAAUCUUAAAGGAAUAGUCUACUCAUUUUCAAUAUUAAAAUAUGUUAUUACCUUAACUAAGAAUUGUUGAUACAUCCCUCUAUCAUCUGUGUGCGUGCACGUAAGCGCUGGAGCGUGCUGCGACGCUUCGAUAGCAUUUAGCUUAGCCCCAUUCAUUCAAUGGUACCAUUUAGAGAUAAAGUUAGAAGUGACCAAACACAUCAACGUUUUUCCUA